ACUAUUUAUCGAAGUUCGGGAUACUGAUCAUCUUUAAAAUAUGUAAACACCCUGACGAGUUAAUAACUGAAUCCUCAUACAAGUUGACUUGAUACUAUAAUCUACUCUAAAAACAACUAAACAAAAAUGGAUAAAAAUAAUAAUCUUUAACUUUUUUUAACCGUAGUUGGCCAAACUGUACAGCAGAAAGAUUUACUAGUUUACAAACAAACCUAAAAUGUCAAUAAUAAUUUCGAUGUGAUUCGUGACAGCGAGCACAGAUGUUUUCUCGUCAUGAGUGAAAUUGAAAAAUAUGACGUAAAUCCAGAACAAUUCAAACAUUUCCGCACAGUUCGCGAUAGUUCGACUUGUAAACUCGGGGUGGACAUUUUACGAUGCGAUAUAAAGAAUGGCAACGAUGCCAAACUGUGGGUAGAAGAAUACUCCAAAAUAACUCAGACAGAAUGGAUAGUUGAAAAAAGUGUAAUAAAGCCACAGAGGUCAGAUUUUUGCAAGUGGUGGUGCUGCCAGCAUGCUUCCAAGAAAAAGAAGCUGUUCGGCAACUCUCGGUGCAAGAAUACCAACUGCAAGGCCCGCAUCAACAUCAUCAUCAAGAAGAUGACGACCACCGUGGUGCUGCGCGACUUCUUCCUGCAGGGCCCCGAGCCACUGCGCGGGGUGGUGAAGCUCCACGCCGCGCACAACCACCCUGUCGUCACCAGCGGCGAGAGUGAGCGUGAGGGCGUGCGUGUGAUGCGUGCGUCGCGCCAUGUGCGCCUCAUGUUCGAGGACUACUUCAGCCGGGGGCUGGCUCCAUCCUCCGCCAAGCGUCUGCACGAAUCCAAGCUGUCGAUGGAGGAGAAUGCGAGCGACCUGUUGGCAGACCUGUCGGUCAACCCACUCGACCGCACCGUGCAGUACUGGUACACAUCUUGGCGCAAGCUCGACUAUAAGAAGCAGGUGGACUCGUCCAGCGAGAUGGCCUCGUCGGCCCGUCCGGCACUGCUCUGGGAAGCUGUUGAAGGCGCCGACUUGGAUGAGUCGCAGACAGACCUCGAGCAGUGGCCACUGGAAGAUGACGAUAAUGACAAGGAAGGUUCCAACGAUGUGAGCAUGACUCCGGAGGAAUCAUGGUCAUCAAAAACCAUUGCUGAGUUAGAGUCAGAAGAGGACGAAGUUUUGAACAGCACGGCACCCAUGGAAGAGCUGCAUUCCGCAGAUAAUGAUGCAGUUACAGACGAGACGCACGAGAAGAAAUCUUCGCUUUCGUCACAAUUGUUCAUAGAACUAACCAAGCCCUUGAAUCACUCCACGCCAGCGACAAAAGCAAAACCACAUGCCCUGCCUGUGGACCACUCUUCGAUCAUGGGCAUGAACGGCAACAGUUCUGUCAUGGUUUCCUGUGCAACGAGCUCAUCUUCCACAGAUAAACUUGCGCAAACAUGCAGUACGAUGACACAAUGCUCCACGUCGACAGUCCUAGCACAUUCUGUGGCGAAUCCCACUCCAGCAACCUUGCCAAGUGUUCCUAACUACCACCUGAUCUUGGGUCCCAGUUCUCUUACAGACAAACCAUCUCCAGUGUUCAACACGUUUCCCCAAACAGACAAAAACGUACAAAUGCCAGAAUCGCCCCUGUAUCAUUUAAUCAUCAACUCGCAAUGUUCAAUAAAUGACAAAUCUUUGCAAGUUUCCAAGCCUCUCGAUUCCCGGCCAAACAUGGCAGGAAAUAACAUUACAACACUGCCAAAAGCUAUGACUUCACAUUCUUCAGCUUCAAACUUAGAAAUAAAAUGUUUACCUCCGCUUAUAUUACAUACAGAAAAAUCUGCAACGAGGCAAAAUACUAUAGGCCAGUCUUUGCCUGAAACCUCAGGCAUGGAUAAACUUAUGCUGAUAUCAGAUGGUAAAACUAUGCCACCUAACUCGCCCAUGCUGGGUCUGUUGCCCAUGCCGUCGACAACCUCUGCAUCCAAGACACCAGGCCUUCAGAAUCUACUUCUCGUCCAGUUUCCACCCUCACUGCUACCACCCCCUCAGGCAUCUGUGCAGAAGGGCCAACCCCCUCAGCCCCAGCUACUGCUGCUGCAGUCGCCGGUCCCUCCCUCACCGCUCGGCCCAGCUCAUGCCCCCAGGGCUACUGCCCCACCUCAGCCUCGGCUGAUACUCGUCCAGAUGCCGCAGGGUCCGGUGCAGUCCCCGCCCAGUGCCGUCAAGCCUGUUCCUGUGGCCCCUGUGCCCCCACUCAUCUCCAUCAACCGAGUUGGUCAGGUGCCCUCGUCCCAGGCUUCAUCCCUUCCCCUCAUGACCUCCAGCGCAGCCCCAUUGAUGUGCUCCUCCCUCUUCCAGCCACCCUCGUCUCAGGUGUCCCCUCUGCCCCUCGUAACCUCCAGCACAGCUCCGCUGAUGAGCUCUUCCCUCUUCCAGCCGCCCUCGUCCCUUCCCCUCGUAACCUCCAGUGCAGCCCCGCUGAUGAGCACUCCUCUCUUCCAGGUGUCCUCAGGCGAGCAGCAACAACCUACCGCAGAGAGAACGGUGCUGCUUCCCGACUCCAACAUGCAGACCCUCGACAUGUUGAAUUUCUUCACGGGACAACCGGGAGUUGGUACCAACACUUCCCUUUCAGGGUUGCAGUCAUUUGGCUCCAGCAUCGUUAAUGUUAAUUCAUCGAAGGUAGAUCUCGUGACUAAACAAGCUGCACGUGCCACACAGCCAGAUGCCGAAGUGGUCGGGAUAGCGUCGGAGCUUGUUAGGAUACAAAAACUGUGCAAAAACCCUGCCACCUUGGAGAAAACUGUGCCGAAAAUUGUACAGUGCCUUAAAAAGAUUCGUACACCAAAACAGGCUGCAAAUGCUCUUUUUCGCAUAGACGCUGCGCUGUCCGUCGCGAUGACAAGCUGCCGCAAGUCUGUCAUCACUCGUGCGGUUCGACGUAGCUGUCGGAUGACAUGGCGCAAAAAUCUUUCGACAGAUCGCAAACACAAGGACAGGCGAAAGAAGAAAGAGAGUUCUUAAAAUUUGAUGAAUUAUCUUGUGGUUUCUGCUUUGUUUGUUUACUUGUUUGCAUAGUAGCUAACCAAGUUGUCGAUAGACUAACAUAAUUUAGCUAAUUGUAUGUUAUGAUAUUGGCAUUUGGGCCAGUUGAACUUGACAGUUGUGCUGGAUUGAAGGAAGUUAAAAGUUGAAUUUGGUCCGCACCACAUCUUGGUGGUUCAGACACUGGCAUGUGUUUGCUCAACUGAUCAGUUGUGCUUGGAGAAAUGUUUUAGGGGUAGUUAGUUGUUUAAUGUGAGAAAUGCAGGGUGUUUACCGAAACGUGAAAGUCAUUAAGUCCCAAAUGAAUUUGUGAAUCGUGAACUGUAGAACAGGUUAUAAAAUCUAAACUAAAUUUUUUACUUCUGCUAAAUUUGCAUGUCAGAAAACGUGCUAAUUUGUACAAUGUAGUAGACAUCCUUCAGUGGGAGAUGACAGUGUCUAUUGCACUUAAAGAGGUCAGUUAAUCCUUCACCUUGCUAGUUAGAGACUGCAGGACAUUGGGUGAUGCAAUUGUAGCAGCCCCUGUCCAGAGAGUGGAUCGUCAGAGCAUGGGUGUGACCGACUGUUGAGCUGGCCAGACCCACACAUUGAGCUGUAUGCUGUACCACUGAUGUGGGUUUGUUUGGCUUCACGGAGAUGGAAGCAUGGAGACAGUACAGAUUUCAUUUAACUGUAAAUGUUGGAGUGCUAGUCUGUACAAUCCAUAUCAAGUCACACAAUAUUCCUCAAAUUAGAAAUAAGUUUCAAAUGAAUUUUAGCACGAAAACAGAAUCUUUUAAAAACACCAAUACUGCUUAUAUUUCUUUCAUAAGUGAUCAGAUAGAAGGUGGGUGUGCAGGGUGUUAGGAUAACCUGUAACAUUUAAUGCAUGACAGGCUGCUUCAAUGGGCGAUAGUGCACACAUGUUUUACGUAUAUAGACAAAAUAUUACAUUUUAAUUUCAAUGUUAAAUAUAAUUGGGAUGUUUAAGACAGUAUUAUUUUCUUUAGACUUUUUGCUGCAAAGUUCAGAAAUUUUUGCAACUAUAAUACUGGUUUCUCAUCACUAAAUUCAAUAGAUAAGUAUCUAGAGGUAGUUCUAAUUCUUUUUUAUUUUUGCUAGUCAGAUAACAGAGGUCAUGCAACAAGAUUAUUUAUGCUGCCUAGUUAGUUUAGGGGUUGCAUUCUUUCAGCCCAUUACACUGGUAUCAAGUCUGUUGAACUUCUAAAACAACUUAAACAUUUAGGAAAUCAAAUUUUGUUAGCUAUUUUCUAAUAAUACACCAGUUACACCUCUUGCAGCAUGCAUAGCUACACCGAGUAAAAAUAUAAUAACUUGGCACAUUACAUUUUAUUUGGUUGAAAGUAACAUCAUCAGUGAUACUGUGUUUGCCUGUUUUGUGUGUAUAGUUUAAUGAAACUCAUUAAAAUUAACAUAGUAACAUUUUACCAUUUAUAUACACUUUUCAUCAGUUCAAAACCACAACAUAAACAUGCGUCAAAGAUAACCCUGUAUUGUAAUUUCCCAUAGGUAUAUAUACAGCAACUACUACAGCUGUUAAAUCAGUUAUAUGUCAUGAUUAUUAUUGAAAUUGUGAUGGAAUAUUUAUAAUAAAAAUCAUUAAGAAUAAGUUGCAAGACACAAAAGUAUCAAUUACAUCUCUUUCCUCCAAGUCGAUUACAAAUAACAAUCACAGUCUCUCAAAUGUAACAAAUUACGAGUAAAAAGUACCAUUCAGUAAUCGUUAUUGGUAAUGUGAUUACUUGCAAUGUGAUACAUGCCAUCAUUGCAGACCGUAUAUACAAUAAAUUAAAAUUUAACCCAAAGUAAAUAUUAUGACAUUUUUAAUAAACUUAAAACGUAUCCAGCAAGAUGCUCAUAAGUUAGGUGUGGUGAAUGAAGUCAUGAAAGUAACAGAAACAAGUCGCUGAAACUGUAGACUAAUGUACACCAAUACCGCACUUAGCACGACUAAUACGUUCCUAAAAAUGUUCGUGUUAUUCAAAUUGCAUAUUCUGAAGCAUUAGUCUCCAUAAAUAGCAAGGCUAAUUUACUUGAUGUGCUCCAAAAUUUGUAAGGAAAUAUUCUUUACAUAAUAUAAAUGCGUAGACUAAAGGCUCGUACACACUGCGCUGACGUGUUUACACGUGUCAUCACAUCACGUCAGAUUGCGACAUAACACGACAUAACACGGCAAAGUGUGCACAUUGUUCUGAUACUGUCAGAUGACGUGUUGAUACGGAACAGGGUGCACGGUUUUGUGAAAGGUAUUUGAAAUGGCUGAAAUCACUGUACUUAUGGAUGAACUUGAUGAAGAAGAAGAAGAUUGUGCAGUAGCAGUAUGCAUCAUGUUAAAUAAAAAAAAAGGAACGAGAGUGGGUGCAUCCUAUAAACGCAGACAGGCCAAUUGUUGGCGAAUUUCAUCAUUUGAUGCCUCAACUACUGGACGAUGAGGAGAGGUUCUUAAUGUACUACCGCAUGACGAAAAAUAAGUUUUAUAAGCUACUAAAUUGUUGAAAACGUACAACAACUCGUACGUACGCACAAGUUCUAUCAGUUGCUCCUCCAUACUCGUGUCUGACGCAUAACACGUCUGACGAAAAUCUGGGAGCCUAGAUAUUGUUGUGACGCGUGUAAUGUCGUGUUAUGACGCGCUCCGCGUCAGCUUACGCAAUAACACAUCAUAACACGUCACAUCACAACAAUGUGCGCACUCCCAUAUAAAAGUCAUGACGACUUUUUUCUGCAACACGUGUUAACAUGUGUUUACACGUGUUAAUGCGUGUUAACACGAAACGUCAGCGCAGUGUGUACGAGCCUUAACACUCAAUGAUAAAUAUGUCACACCAUUUAUCUUUAUAAGCCUACCAUCUGAUACUUUGUAUGACAAACACGAAACCGCGUAAUGGGAGGUGGGUGGUUAUGUACUUAUCGUCAAUUGACUGGUUGGCUUGCCCACCCGGGUGUGACCAACUCACAUCGCGUAUCUUUCCACGAACUUUCCAAACCAUCCUUUACUAGCAGUCAGGGUUGGAAAAAAACCAGGUUUUUCUAUUGUGUUAAUUAUUUUGGCUCUCACCACACUCAAACUAUGCAUAUGUGUGUGCGUGUGUGUUUUAUUAAAUCCAUUUAUCCACUGAUGAUUCUAAUACCUACCAAAGAGUUUGCACAAAUAUAUUGUAAAAAUACUAAAAGAAAAGAAAAACUGUGACAGUACUACAGUGUGUGCAACAGAAUAAACUCGCCAAACCUAAAUGUCAUUAAUAAAUGCUUAAAGAAAACACACACUCUCUUUUCCCUUUGGUCUUGUGGUUUAUCAGUUUAAAAAAAUUAAGCUUGUUCUUUCCUGUUUGUAUUGCAGGUCAUAUCACAUCACUGUAGAUUGUUUUUGUUGAAUGCUUUAAACAGAAAUACAAAUUUGGAUGCUUUCUCUAGAGGUGAUUUUUCAGUCUGAUAACUUGACCCUCAAGUUCGUUGCCAUGUUUGUACAUUUGGCCCUCACACCCUUUCUUGACUCCUUAACUUCUUCAAAUAAAAGCCAUACAAUAUCCCGCUUUCUGCCACUCAUGUUGAACCAGUGAAGUUAUAGCAUCAAAGAAUUGAAGUCCAGCAACUCUGCACUUCUGAAUGGCUGAUUUAAACUACAAUGGUUUAAAUCAUGGUUUAAACAAAGUGGUUUAUGUAAAAUAAAAAUAAAACUUUUUAAAUAAUUUUUUUAAAGAAUGUCUUAACUUUUUUUUUAUGAAAGGUCUAAUUUCUCUAUAAUAACAACAAAUGUUUGUGGUGGAGAAGUCAGAGGAAUGACAUUGAGAAAUUUAAUGAUUUAGUUUUUUCUUUCUGUUAAACAGUUACUUACAGCACAAGCUUCUUCAGCGAGUGCAGAGAGAGUAUUAUCAUCAUUUGGAUUUGUGCAUUCUAAAGUACGUAGUAAGUUAGGCAUAGAAAAAGCACCCAAACUUGUAUUUCUGUUUAAAGCAUUUAACAAAUACAACCAACAGUGAUGUGAUGUGACCUGUAAUACACCUGCAAUACAAAAAGGAUAGAACUAGCUUCAUUUUUUUAACUAGUUAAUCUUGAUGUUUUUAUUUUACUAAAUGAUAAUCCACAAGACUGAAGAGUAAAGAGAGAGAGUGUGUGUGUGUGUUUUUUUUUUAAGCAUUUAUGACAUUUAGGUUAGGUGAGUUUAUUAUGUUGUACACACUGUAGUACUGUCACAAUGUUAGUUAUCUUUUGGUACUUUAGUAACAUAUUUGUGCAAACUCUUUGGUAUUGGAAUCAGUGGACAAAAAACUUAACAAUGGGGCAGUUGUUGGAUGUUCUUAAAAAUAAAUUUAAAUAUACAUACCGUAUUGUAGCUGAUAUCAGGAAUUGUGUCAAAAAUUAUUAAUUGAUCUGAAUUCAUAUAUACACACACAUAGUUUGAACGUGGUGAGAACAAAAUAAAAAAUAACCUGGUUUAAACCUAAAAAAACUUGGUUUUUUUUAGCAAAAAACUAUUUUUUUUUUCAACCCUGUCUGAAUAUGGUAUUUCCUCACAGGAGGAAGAUUCUACAUACGUAGAACAAGUGUUCCCCAUAGAAUAAGGGAUAUGAAGUACAGUCAGGGAUUUCCUACGGAAUAAGAAUGAACUAUUUAAUGUUUUUAAUUUUUAAAAAGUAGGUACAUAUUUAGCAGGGUAUGAUCUAUAACUUAUUCAGAUAAUUUUAACUAUAAGAUUUUGGAUUAAUAGCUACGUAUAAAAUUUUUUAUUCCUAUAAAUCACAAGAACAAUUAAUGAUCAAACAUUUUGUUGUUAUUAGAGAGGAAUUAGACCUUUCAUUAAAAAAAAUUAAGAAAUUAUUUAAAAAAAAAUAUUUUAAAAAAACUUACAGCCCACCCUGUUAGCAGUGAAACCAAAAUUACUACCCGGAUAUUUACAUUUUAAUUUUUCAAAAAUUAAAGUGCUUAUUCGUGUAUCACCACUUGGUUCUCAGCAAUCCUGUCAGGCCAUUAUUAUUUUUUUUUUUUCAUUACACCCUUCAUUCAACAACCUUUUCCAUGUGAAUCAUCUGUUCAUUUCUGUUUUAGUAUCUAAUGUCAAAUAUAUUCCCACUAGUACAACCAACAGCAUCAGAUUUAUAUCGUUUGAUAGAGUCCUUAUUUCGUACGAUUGUGCGCACAGUUCACUUGCUUAAAACUAAAGUGCGACCAAAAUAAGUGUGGCCUUCAUGAUAUUCUGCACACUGUAAUACUACUAGUUUUGUCUCAACGUGAUGCAUUACAUUUUCACUUGGAAGCCAUUCUUCCAAUAUUAUUCCAACUGCAGGUGCUUGCGUAAAUACAGUUAUCGACAGAUGAAUGGGCAGUUGUUGCUCUGUAUUUGUGCGUGCGAGUUCCCUGCCACUGCCUAGACUGAAGUUAAUCACGGCCCGGUCUGUGGCCGGCGACAAUGGAACGGCCCAGUGGCAUACGCGCAGACGUAAAAAUAUUGUGUCCUUUACACUCAAUAGCAGAAACUGAACUUAACAUAGCUGAUGUUUGUACAACAGCUGAUAGUGUAGUCAGACCUGUACGCACAUCUCUUCCCCCUCUAGUACAGCUAACUGUAUGCCCUGGUACAUCUGCUGUUUACCCAGUUGAAGCAGACUUCAUGGCGAUUUCAUGCUAACUGAAAUUUACAAACAUACUGGGGCAGUAAAAUUAACAUCGCACUAAAUGAAUUAGGCAAUUUGAAGAUGUGCUCAGUGAAGGAUUGGUGUAAAUUUAUAGUUUCUCCCCCACAACACUACCAAUAUACAGUGGUGGCAAAAAGAAUGUUCAUGAUUUAACAUUUAAAUAAAGAGAUAAUUACUUUUUUUUUAAAUUUUUUUUAAUACAGUAAUAAAAUAUUAAUCCUUCGUUCUUUGAUUUGAUUCGAUGGGUAAUACGACUGAUUGAACCGGUCUUGUUUAAGCAUUCAAAUUACCAUAAAAAAUGGAAGAAAUAGAAUGAAAAUUGAUGAAACAUAUUUUUUGCUAGCUAACAAUUAAUUUUACGGUUGUGUUGUCUCUGUUCUUAAUUUAUAUUCUCCAGUUUGAUAAAAAAUUAAAUUAAAAAAUCAACCUAAAACUGUAGUCACAGUGGUUUUGAACGACUCCAGUAACACAACUGGUUUUGUCAUCCGCCUAGAAGGCAGGGUUGCACAAUGAUCUUCUCUCCCCUCAGUAGUAAAGUUAACCUAGUUAGUAUCAAUAGCUAAUUCUCACUUAUCCCUCCAACCUUACAUGUAAGGCUGCACUCAAAAUACAUUGCCGCACACACAACUGGGUCCUAACUCCAUUCACGCUUAAUUUUUGUCCCCGAGGCGGUUUUUAUUUCUAAGACAUCUACUGAAACGAAUUUUUACUUCCUUAAAAUAUUCUUUAACUUUGAAUGUAUGAAGCCAUGGGAAAUACUCUUUGUGUACACAUUGCUAAACCUUAUGCCUUACUCAGUGAUGAAAAUGAGAUCUUUAGGCAAUAACGAGACAUAAAAUAUUCCAGUAGUUGCAAAAAUUUGUUUGGAAGACAUGUCACUUAGAGAAUUACUUUAUGUUCAACUAGUAAAACUACAUUGAAAAUGGUUUUCGUGCUGGCUGCUUGCUAAAAGCUAGGUGUCAUUCCUUGUUCAUGCUUUUUCUUAAUGUCUUAUUUGCCUUAAAUGGUAUUGCUUUACUUGAAAGACUUCAGCCUAUUUAAAAAUUUAUAUUUUAACUAGCUACCCGGCUUCGCACGGCUAUACUAAUGGAAAAAAAUUAAGCCACAUCUCCCAUUUACAGUAAUGGUAAAUUAAAAAAAAUUCAGUGAAAAUUUAUUACAAUGCUGUAUAAUGUACCGGAGAGAAAAUGAAUAGCACCGAUGGUUUCCCGACUCGUGCACACAACGUACAACUAAUGUACCCGUACUUCGCUACGGCAGUCUACAGGCAGAUCACUCUUGCGCCGCUCAUUAUACAUGCCCUUCCUUGUGGGUACGCCACUGCCGCGCGAUGCCCGUUGUCAUGGAGACGCAGAAGGCAUGAACAAUGCAAAAUCCUGUUCUCAUGCAGACAAAGUACCCACUGUUGCCUGGUUUUAACCACCCAUGGGAUCUAAUUUUCGGAAAAUGUCAUCCUGCGUAACAUAAGGAACAUUACUGUGAAGUUUCAAGUCUGUAAAAUAUAUAUACUUGAAAAAAAAGGGCAAUAAAAAAACAAAUUAAACACAGAGAGAGGAAAGAAAACAAUAGUUAAGGUUUGCGAUUUAAAGAGAUAAAAAGUAUUUAAAUACUAAUUGAACUCUUAUGAGGGUACUGAUUGCUUCGUUGUUAAUAUCACACGGGUGUUUUUUACUUUUAUGGGAAAAUUAAGAAUGAUAAGGCAUCUUAGUGCGUGGCAACAAUGUUAAUAGGCAAUAGGAAAUAAACUUCUAUGCGCCUGCGGCAUUGUUAACACACACUUCGUACGUGUACUGCAUGUUGUAUCUAACCCCCUCCAAUGCAUUUGAUUCUAAAUUGGACUUUUUUUUAGUAAGGAUCCCUAAAGUUAUUGAUAAUAUAAUAUAGCCUAUAGCCUUCCUCGAAGAUGUACUAUCCAACACUGAAAGAAUUUUUCAAAUCGGACCAGUGGUUCCUGAGAUUAGCGCGUUCAAACAUACAAACAAACUCUUCAGCUUUAUAAUAUUAGUAUAGAUACAAAUUUGAUUAGAGUUCCAUUACAAGCCUCUUAAAUUGGAUUAUGUGCUCACUUUUUGUUAAAACUUAAUUUUCACUCUGUACUUAUUCAUAGUUUUUUGCAACAACAAUAUGGUAAAUAUGCUCUUGUGAUAUAUUUUUGUUGGGAAGACAUUUCAUUAGCAUAACUAAUAAUAGUUUAACAAUAAAUUCAUUAAUUUUUUGCAUUGAUCUACUGAAAAUGGACUUCACACUGGCCGCUCACUAUAGGUUCGGCACAACUCUGCGUUUAUGCUUCCUUUGGGGAUGACACAUUUAUUUAACUAAAUUAACUUUUCCAUAAGAAACCACUAAACAAUCAUGCUAAAUAUUGGUGUGAUAAAAUGUGGUGUUACUGUGUGAGAUUUAAAACGUUACUAGGUUUCUGUAUUGCUCGUACAUUAAAUUUGCAGAAUAUUUAUUAGUUUAUCUUUGGUAUGCCUGUGAAAAUUAUAUUGCAGUUUGAAAACCUGACGAAAUUGCCAAUCGGGCAUGGCCAAGGUCCGAACGUGUUGGAUGAAAGAGCUUCAAUUGUAGAACAAACAUAGUAAAAGUGUAUUUGAGCCAAUCUGAAAAAUUCAAUUCUUGCUAAAGGUUUUUCUUCAGUCAAGAAGACAUAAAAUAUGUAAAUAACUAUCGUAUUAUUUUUCUCCAGUUGAACAAAUACAAGGUAGUAUAAAUAUGUGCAGUUGUCAACAGGAAUGAAAGAAGUCUAUUCUACAAUGAUCAAGAUAAACUACGAUGCCCUAGAGAUCCCUCUUUUGUCUCCUCCCCUUCCUAUGAAAUGUUUGAGUAGUCAUGUGCAUGAAAACACACUGAACAUGGUUCUGAAAUACGUAGGUGCAUUUAGAAUAUAUUUGCAUGAAAGUGACUUCCUGGUUAAUUACCGGAAGGAACGGGAGGUACUGGCGACCUUCAUACUGUCUGUCGUGUGCUUGAGUGGCAGGAAAUGUUUACGCUUGCGAACAGGGGACAGAGUUAGGCUUGCUGUGAAUAAAUUAAUUAACCUGUUUCUCCCCCCACCCCCUCUUGUAUUGUCAACGUUGAGGUGAUUACAGACGAGGGUUGAAGCAAUGAAGGGCAUUGACACGGGGAACUGGGAGUACCCUCAAGAGGACUACCCACUUAUGUUUCCCACUUACGAACUAUCUGGGCUUAAACCCACCGGGAAUCAAAACAAGAUGAAGACUUGCGUGGCUGAUGCACCUGUGCGAGCGAGAAGUGGGGGAAGGGGAUGGCAGAUGCUUGUAGGAGGAACAGUAGUUUGUUGGUAGUAGAGCAGGGAAGACAGGGGUGUGAAGGGUUCUUGUGAAAGACAAAACUCUCUGAAAUUUUGAAUCAUUGGUUUUGAAAUCCACUGCAGACGUGUCAGAAGCUGGUAAAAUGGGUAAGACAGGGAAAACAGGUCAAUGACUUUCUGAUGUAAGUAGUUGGCUGGAUUGUUACAGAUGUCGCACAAAACAUCAGUGUGCAACCAAUGAGUGAAGUCCUUUUAAGGAUAGAACCUCAUUAACAAUACCUUUUUUAAUGUUACUAUGGUUACUCAUUACUGAGAUAUAAUUUUAACUGCAACAAUCCUGAGAAAAUAUUAUGGUCUCAUUGCUAAACGCAUCACUUGUAAACAGGAAAAACAGACUUGAUGGACACAUACAGCUAUAGAAAAAUUUGUUUAGAUAAGUUUGACUUGCUCAAUAAUAGUAUCUACAUUAUAACAUGACAACCUUUCGAAUAGAGUAUUUCUUUAAUAUAAAAUUCAAUUUUUUGAGCAAUCUUAAUGCCAAUUUUUUACUUUUAGGUUCCAAAUGGUUUAAAAUUUUCAGUGUGUUGUUAAUUUAACCUUACCCUUGCCAAACAACAUGUCUUAUUUAUUCAAUUACAAAAUAUUCUGAAUUUUGGGUAUGUUUGAUUUCAUUACUUCCAAAAAAAUAUAAUAACUAAUUUAAGGCAAUACAGUUUACUCUUUAAAUUAGUAAUAUUUAUCUCAAGGGGAAAAUCAAACCUACCCCAAAGGUUCUUUAACCCGUGUGACUGCCAGACAAGGAUGUCAUAAAUGGCAGUUAUCAUGUCAGGCGUUGAAUCGAAGCAACACAGUCAUCUGCCAAUCAAUUGAUCACACAGUUGCAUAUGGAUCGUUUCUAAUCUAACAUUAAAAUAAUUAAUAAAAAUUCACAGACUCAAACAUUGUAAAAAAAUUAAGUACAAACUGACUUAAAAAGACAGUAUUUCAGCUAUUAUAGAAAAGCUACAAAAAUAAGGUCUGUCUCAAUAGGAACAUACUGCUACUUUGUCCAUCUUUGUCGCAGCUGAGAAUUGCGAGCGAUUAUUUGAACAGAACACCCUGCACAUGUCUGGCAUAUUGUAAGUGCACGAAGAAGUGCUGUGACCAUGAUGAUAAGAGUUAUGAGUUUGUAGUGUAUAAGUAGGCAUGGGACUGAAGCUAGAUAUUUCUAUUCAGCCUGUUAUGUUCGCGGUGGGUAAUAAAUGUAGGAGAACUGUCUCUAAGUUUUCGGGACAAGUAGUGCGUUAGUUUUUAGUUAUUAAAAUACCAGGUGAUAUCUCAACAAAAUAAAUGUGCCAUGUCUGUUUUAUUUUGCUACAAUUAUUUUUGCAUGCUACACUAUAACUAUGUAAAUUGUUAUAGUGAUUUUUCUGAAAAAUUUCUUAAACCUACAUGUGUCUUGUAAGAAAGUAAUUUUAUUUUUCACAAGUGAUUCUAAUCUGGUAUGCCUUAGCAAUCAUUAAUUAACAUAAAUAAACAAUAAAAGUGAUAAAGCAAGACUGCAAAAAAGUUGGCCAACAUUUGUGUUGAUUUUGUGUUUCAUCUAUAAACAAGAACUUUAAAUUCUGUAUUUUAUUUUUGUGUUGCAUGUCUUGCAUCCGCCCACUUGGUCCAGUGUCUGGCUGGUGAGCCAAGAGGCUUGGGUUUGAUUCCCGGCCAGGGAGAGGAUUUUUCAUUCUCCCUUGGUUCAGGACUGGGUGUUUCAGAUGUCCCUUUUACCUCUAUCCCAUGGAAGGUAUGACAAACUACUGCAGAAUCAUGCUGCCUCUACAAGCAUACGGAUGUCACGGCUGUUACCACCGUAGCAUUGUCUGUCUCACGACACUCAGUAAUGGGUAAAACAAUUCAUCACGUGUUCUCCAUAUCAGAUGCAGAGUUUUAGUGUUUGUUAAUAAAUUGAAAUAAUAAAUGCUUUGCCAGAAAUUUUACAAGUGCUGUGUUAAGGCUACAUUUUACGUGGUAGUUUUCUGGUUAUUUAUUACGCUGAUGAGAAGAAAAUGUGUUGCCCUAAAUAACUACAUGGAAAUUGUAACUAUGAGAAAAAUGAAUUGGGAAGUUCAAUAGUGCCCAAUCAAAACUGUUUGAAGAUUUAAUCACCAUAAAAACACAUAAGCAAGAAGCAUGGUAAGCAAGUCUUGUGGAAAAAGACUCAUGAGGCAAUCUUGGAGUUCUGUAUUUAAUCACUAUGGCUGAACCAUUGUAAACAAAUACACAUUUUUGUUUUAAAACUUAAAAUUUCACCAAGAAUGUAAGCAUUACAACAGCUUAACCAUUUGGGUCAUGCUUAACUGACCCAUGUGAGCUUUACUGUUUCUCGAGUGCAAGGUCCAUAGAGAUCAGAACACAAGAAACCUGGAGAAUACUGCGGAAAAGAUCAGAUCAUCCCAGGAUCUGCCUAGUGCGAUGUGAAGAAGUCGUGAAAAGCAGAAACCAGGACGGCCCGAUGGGUAUUUGCAUGUGGGCCUUCUGCAAUGUGUCAACUACUUUGUUGUCUCGCGAAGUCACUUCCAACUUCUUGUGUGUCAAAUUCAUGUAGUUAUUGGCUAAAUUAUUUUCACAUUUCACGUGAUGCUAGUGUGAAAAUGUAACAGACUUAAAUUUUAACACCUAAAAACUGCUUCAAAUCUAAUGCUCAAAAAGAAAUGUUUGACAUCAAUUGAGUAGACACUGCUAUACUAUUGUUUUUUUUAAAUGCCAUAUUAUUACAUUUUAAUAAUAUGACAAUUUUCUAAAGUGUCAACAUUUUUGGGAUUUUUAUUGCUCUCACUGAAUUUACCAAAUUUAGCUUUGUAUACGAAUGUCUGUACUCUCUUUUAAUACUCAAUUUAUUUAACUUAAGCAUAUAUUUAUUAACACUUGCAUUUUUCAAUGUAUUCUUCUAAACCUGCUAAAAGUGCACACAUAAAGGUGAAUCACAGUAUUCUUAACAUUUGUCCUGUAAAACAUUGACAGAAAGGAUUCUAUUAGUGCCCACAAAUUAGAACAUUUUUACCUGUGUUGAAGUUCAUUUUUACUUAUGAUAAAGUUACAGCUAGGAAUUUUUUUAAAGGUAUAAUUCAGUGUUACAUUCCCUCUUCUAUACAAUCAGUUCACAAUCGUCCAAUCAGCCACGGGUGUUGACACUAAGACUGAGCAUUCUCUAAUCUCAAGGAGUUCAGCAAUGGCCCAGCUUAUUUAUUACAAUUCCUCACAUGUCAUAGUGGGUGUGUGGAUCACUGAAUGUAGUGCAAUUGAUGUGACCAAUUUGUUCAGUGUCAUAAAAUUAAAGAAAAAAAAUUUAUGUAACUCAAUGUAACUUGCUAACAAAUACAAUUUUUUCUUGAGUCAUUUGUUAUAAAUAAAUAGCUUGUGAUAUUAAAAUUUGUUCUUUCAA